AUGCGUUUCGUUUGGAUGUUUGCUUAUUUUUUGGCUACCUGUGUCAUUGGCGCACGACAACGUGGUUUAGCUCGGGGUUUACAUGAAGCAACCCACGGUUGUUUUGCUAGCAAUCAAUAUUUGAAUUUUUUUCUUGGUACAUUCUGUUCGGGUUAUGUCGUAUUUCAAAGUUUUUGUGGCUACCAAGCAUCACAUGUCAGAAAUCAUCAUCCAUACCUAGGCACUGAUCGAGACCCUGAUUAUCAAGGAUUGAAAGAAAACGGGAUAUGUGGUGUUCAUAGAACAAGAGCCCAUGUUGAACGUUAUUUGCUGAGUUUAUUAUGGCCCAUUGCUUCACUGAAGUAUUUUAUGUAUUUAAUCAAAUAUCGUAUUUGGACAAAAGAUGAUGAUAAUCGCGAAACGUUGCUGCGAAGUGUCUAUCUGAUCAUGCUUACGACAAUCUUUCUCUACAGUGGACGCAGUUCGCUACUUUUAUUCUAUUGGAUUAUUCCUUACUUCACUACCCAUAUGUGGAUUGGAUCAUUGAUUGAGCUUAUGGAGCACUAUCCUAUGAUUGAGACCGCUCCUCGUAUUGAUAUAUACCUGACACGAAAUCGUUUUUGUGGAUGGCUUUGGAAUUUUUUCCUUGGUGUACAUAAUGAAAGCUACCAUCUCAUUCACCAUUUGUUUCCGAAAGUACCCGAGUGGGAAUAUCAUAAUGUUCAUCGUAUAUUGAUGACAGAUGUGACGUAUGCUAGCCUUCACAAGAAGUCGGGCUGGAAAAAUCUCAUGAAAGAAAUAAUACAAGUUGACGAGGAACAAUAA